AUUGGUGCUCCCAUUACUGACCGAGCAAGUGGGUUGAUGACGUAUGCGGAAGUGUCCACAUGCAAGACCGGUUGGAACGACUUCCUUGCUGGGCGAACUCAGCUGGGUGAAACUGCGGACAAUAACAGGAUGGCUGACAGGAGCUGCUUGGGCCCCGGGUCCCACAUAGGAUUAAUAUCACUGCUCCUAGGGUUGGUGUUUAGUGCAGCACCCCUCGCAGAGAGCAGACAGCUCCGCUUUGUGACCCUGGUUUACCGUCACGGUGACCGGUCCCCAGUACAUGGUUAUCCAACAGAUGUGCAUAAGGAGAGUGCCUGGCCGCAAGGUUACGGGCAGCUCACACAGGUUGGGAUGAAGCAGCACUGGGACCUUGGCCAAGAGCUCCGUGCUCGCUAUAAAGGCUUCCUCAAUGAGUCCUAUAACCGGCACGAGAUUUAUGUGCAGAGCACGAAUGUGGAUCGCACGUUGAUGAGCGCAGAGGCCAAUCUGGCCGGUUUGUACCCACCGAAAGGCUCCCAGAUCUUCAAUCCAAACAUCACGUGGCAGCCAAUCCCAGUACAUACCGUGCCAGAAUCUGAGGACAAGCUUCUGAAGUUCCCAUUAACCCCUUGCCCAGAGUAUUUGCGGUUGCAGGAGGAGACGCGCCAGUCUGCUGAAUUCGUCAAUAUGACGAGAGACAACGAGGCUUUCCUACGGAUGGUGGCAAACAAGACCGGUUUAUCUGAAUGCAGUCUAGAAACUGUGUGGUCUGUCUAUGACAUCCUGUUCUGUGAGAAAAUGCACAACUUGUCUCUUCCAUCGUGGGCAACGCCUAAAGUCUUUGCCCAGCUGAAUAAAUUAAAGGAUUUCAGCUUCGUCUUCAGCUUUGGGGUCACUGAGCGCGUCAAGAAGGCUCGCUUGCAAGGAGGUGUAUUAGUGGAGCAGAUUCUGAAGAACAUUACAGCAGCAGCUCAGAAUGCCUCCGACGGCCUUAAACUUAUUGCAUAUUCUGCGCACGACAGCACCCUGGCAGCGCUACAGAUGGCUCUGGAUGUCUAUAAUGGAAAACAAGUUCCUUAUGCCUCAUGCCAUAUUUUUGAGCUCUUUGAGGAAGACUCUGGGAUCUUCACGGUGGAGAUGUAUUUAAGGAACGAAAGUGGGAAAUCUCCGUAUCCACUGUCGCUGCCAGGCUGUGCCCAUGCCUGCCCUUUGCAAGAGUUCCAGUCCUUGCUACAGCCCAUCAUCCCUCAAGACUGGGAAACGGAGUGUCAGACCCCCAGUUUCAUGAAGACACCAGGGUUGAUCGUCGGCCUGUCUUUCGUCGCUUUGAUCGUCCUAAUCAUGAUUGCUGCGAUUUGCACAUCACUGUGCAAAGAGGACCCGGAACCUAACGGUUACCAGCACGUCGACGACAAUGGAGACGACAAUGGAGAUGACAGUGGAGACGACGAUGACGACUCGUGAACACCCAGCCUCCACUUCCCUGAGACACGUGCUUUUAAUACAGACCUCGGCAACGUGAAUUUUAACAUAGCAACCAGCCUGUGGCAUUGUAUUUUAAUUAGGAUUUUAGGCUUUUAAUGAAAAAAAAAAAAAAAGCUGUGAGUUGUUAAGACACACGUUAAAGGGACUACAGCAACAGAUCAAUGCAAUAUUUUGCUCAUGAGUCAGAACUCACAAUCCUACAGAAUCAGCUGGGUACCAUGAACUCUGCACCAUGGAACUGGGUACUGACAUAACUGACAUGGCAGAGUUUAGCCUACAGAGAGCCCAGGUGUCUGGGCCGUACAGAAUAAUGGCAGUUUUGUGCUGUCCCCUCUUUGUGCUGGCUGCAGAGGGGGGACGCAAACCCUAAUACAGUUAGAGAGCAGUGUGUAUAGCAGAGCUGUCUUCCUUUGCUAUACAGAGUAAAUGGGUGUAGCUGGGGGGGCAGCUUGUCCGUUAGCAGUGGCUGAAGGGGACAACUCUGCCCAAAAGCACCUUUAGAGUGACGAGCAGUAAUUGCAGAGACAGCAAACCACACGACUGUUAUGUAUUCAUGUCCAUCAUUUGUGUCUGUCCACGGGGGUGGAUUUGGGGGGGGUAUGAAGUUAUCUAUGCUGCUUUUUAACAGGAUGUAAAAGGAAAUUAUAGUUUGAGUUUGUUUCUUCAGAUAUACUGGGGAAUCUGCAUUUUAUAGUGUCUAUGAAGAUUUUCAUUCAUCCAGGUCAUGGUAUAUCUAGUAUAAAUAAAUUUGAAGCAACUGGACUUGUUUAGUAAUCAUUGAAGACGUUUCACUACUCAUCCGAGCAGCUUCAAUGAUUACUAAACAAGUCCAGUUGCUUCAAAUUUAUUUAUACUAGAUGCAUUUUAUAGUCUUUUUCUAAAGGGAUAUUUUAACAAAUGUCUUUAAAAAGGGAACCCCCCCGCUUUCUGACAUGAGCUCAUCCAGGUAUAUAUUCAGUAUGUAUGUAAAACAAAUGCAUAAACCCUGAAUGGCCAAGUGUAUAUUUUUAUUUUUAGACAGAUAUAGAUGAUUCCUUAGAUGGAGGAAACCAUGAUGGCCUCUCACUCGCAGGGACCAUGUUCACCCCCAGUUAUUCAGCCAUGUUCUCUCCUCCUUCCAUGUUGAAGUGAUAGAUUCUGAGAGUUGACGAACCUCUGCUUUCUAUAAUGGGUUGGCGAUAAGCAGAGGGACUUCAAGACCCAGAAUCCUUUGCUUCCACAUGGAACAAAGGUAGGGAGUUGCUGAAUGACUGCCAGCCUCAGUAUCGGACUGGCCCACCAGGAUACCAGGAAAACUCCCAGUGGGCCCAGGUGAAAGUGGGCCCUCCUGCUCCUAAACAUUUGGCCUGUUUCAUCGUCAUUACCUAUUUCUGAAUGGGAACAAAGAGGAGAAAUAGUUGGAAGGAUAGAUGCUAGCAUGGAAAUAAAAGAGACUAGGAGAAUAAAGAGGUUGGGUGAGGAAAGGAGGAAAAAUAGUUUGGAAAGCGGGCCUAGGUCUAAGGUUUUCUGGUGGGCCCCUGGGGUCCCAGUCCGACACUGGCCAGCCUGAAGGGGGGUGGGGAUUUGAGGAUUGCUCUAAAAAAAAAAAAAUAUAUAUAUAUUUUCUUGGCAGUUCAGGGAGUGUUUAUGCACCUUUUUUUUUUAUUAACUGAAAAAGAUUGUCAAAAAAGGGGGUAUUCUUCCCCUUUUGUUAAAUUACAAAUAGGAACAACCUGUACCCUACUGUAGUUUUUAUGUAUAUGGUAUUUCUGUUUGUUAGGUUGCUCUUAAUGCAGGGCUUAUUUCUAGAUUUCCACCAAAGCUUUUCACUCCUAACACUUGUCAGUCCGUUAUAGGAGAAUAAGAUCUGCUUGGCUGUGAGAAAUCAAGGGGCGAGUGAUUGGACGCUGCAGUAAUUCCUUGCCCCACAGGGAAACCAACUGCCCAUUCCAAGUGCAAUUGACUUGUACAGUUACAUUUCGGUGGCUAGGGACUUUAUGUUUUUAUCAGUUUUUUAACGUGGAAUUUUAAUUUAGUGGCGGUUGCGAGCUUAACCGUCUGGGAAUUUUGACUGUAACUUUUUUGCACUGUGAUUUUAGCGAUUUGUAAUUUAUGUUUUCUGAUUUUGUUUUGAAAUCCUAGUUUGUACCAAAUAAAGACGGGCCAGAGCCUUGACUUCA